AUGUACUCUCAAACGUCAACUUUCAACGUCUUAUGCAUCACCGAGCAUUGGCUCUCGUGUGACGGAAUGGACGGUUGGGAGCUUGCUCAUUACUACUCCAGACCAAUCUCCAGCGGAGGAGGUACCAUGAUACUCGUGAGAAGAGGAUCGAAUGUCAUGGACGAAUUCGACCGAGUCCACAAUAUUUGCAACCAGUCCCUGGAGACUCACUGUACUAUUGUAACAUCUUUUUCUGAUCACGACGCACAGGUGUUCUGUACUGGUCCCCGUCAGAAGAGAGCUGAACCGACUCUUAGAAAAGUCCGACCCCUCACCUUAGAGGGAUACAACUUGAUCCACAGAUUGCUAUCGGAUCAGUCGUGGGAUUUCGUCGACGAGGAUGGGCUGGACGUCGAUGAAUGUUUCCGUAGAUUUCACCAAAUUGUCGUUGACAGUUUUCUUGAAUCAUUUCCUGAGAAGACUGUUAAGGUUUCGAGUCCAGUUAUGAGGCGCGGCUGGUUCACUCAAGAACUCCGAGACAUGAGAGAAAACCUCAUCCUAUUAACAGCCAUGUACGAACGAUAUCGAUCUAGUGAUCUGAUCGCAGCUAGAAACCAGCUCCGAGCUAGGUAUAGGAAAGCCAUAAAAACCGCAAAAACCAAUUAUUUCGAUAAAAUUAUAAAUAAAUCUGUUCUGGAAAACGUGCCUCCGUCGAGGACGCCUUUCCAUGAUUCAUUUUUGAAAGAAAUCCCACCAAGAACGCACUUCAGCUUCAAAGAGGUCGGCCAUAACAUCGUGAGAGAUAUUGUGGCGAAUAUGAGGAACAGCAGGUGCCUCACAUCUGGCACUUUCCCCGCCUGUUUGAAGAUCUCCAAAGUCAUACCAGUCCACAAAAAAGGCGACAAAUAUGAUCUAAAUAAUUAUCGCCCGAUUUCCUUAGUGCCGAUAUUUUCUAAGAUUCUAGAAAAGGUUGUAUCGAAUCAGAUCGUUGAAUUUCUUGAGGAAAAUUGUUUAUUGACAUCAUGCCAGUACGGGUUCAGGAAGGGCAAAAGCACCACUGAUGCCAUACUGCGGCUCAUAAGGGGCGCUAUGGACUGCUUCGAAAAUAAAAAAUAUUAUCAGGCGUCAUUCAUCGACUUAACGAAGGCCUUCGACUGCGUCACUUGUGACAGGCUCCUGUACAAGUUAAAAAGAUACGGUUUCGAUGAGGCGGCUCUGAGCCUGGUCCGGUCAUUCCUUAGUGUAAGAUCACAGGUUGUGUCGGUUGGGGGUGAGUUGUCUGGUGUGGAACCCAUCGAGACUGGGGUGGUCCAGGGUUCGACGCUGGGACCUAUCCUUUUUAUCAUCGAUGUAAACGACUUCCCUGACUUUAUGACUGAUGCCGAACCGAUUAUAUUCGUUGAUGAUACCACCCUUACAAACGAAUCCUCGGACUUACAUUCCCUUGAGGAUUUGUCUAAAGCUGCACUGUCGAGGGCAUCGGAUUGGUUUGCAUCAAACGGCCUCUGUGUGAAUGAGGGAAAGACGCAGGAACUCGUUUUCAGCCUGAGAGAUAUGAGUAGCCUGCCCACAGCGAACGGUACGGCUCUCUCAAUCGAAAAGUCUUUCGAUCGAAAGUUUAUUCAAUAG